AUGGAAGGUAUAGAGAGUAGACAACCUGAAAUUUUAUUUACAAAAACAAUAAAGUACUUCGUGAAAGAUGUUCUCGCUUUUAACGACAUCAACAAGACUACCAGGGAUGAACUGGAACCAUAUUUAUUUGAUAAAAAUGAAAAGAAAACCAUUCCAUUUCGACUGGUGAAAAUAAUUCACCAAAAACUUAACGAAACAGGAAAUAAGAAGAUUUACCUUCAUACAAUAGUUGAAGACAGUGACCUUCAUCUAUCCAGUGUCAUAUUUCCACCCAGGAAUCCUGAACUGGAGGCGAGAAUACAAAAACUUAAAGCACAGCAAGCCAACAGAGAAUACAGGGAGAUGACAAAAAAUGUUGACAGAAUGGCUCAAGACACACCACUGAAUUUUCAGAAAGACAUAAAAGAAGUCAAUCGACAGCUGGUUUCUGUAUUCAACUUUUUAGUGACUGUUGGGGGCGCAUUUGUAUUUGGGUACAAGGCUACAGAAUAUGCCACUGGACCAAACGCAUUUGCUUUGCAAAUGAUGGUGGGACUUGUAUUUGGAACAGUUGUGUUUUUUGCUGAUUUAUGGUUUUUAGUUCGAUAUGGUACACAAUGAAUAGUACUAUCUACAUCAUUUUUUGAUUCUAUGAGCAUGUACAAUUCUAUGAAGCAUGUACAUGUUUUGGUGGGGUUUUUUUUACAUAUGUAUAAUCUGGAACACUGGUUUGAAAGUUGAAACAUAUUUGUUGUAGGUAUUUUAUACAUUUUUGUGAUGGUGUCAGGGAGUAGCCUACGUAGGGUAUUUUAAACUAGAAUGCUAAUAAUGGGACUUACGUGGCAUACUGUGUAUAUAUACUGAGAGAUAAUACAAUGUGUAUUAUUUGUUUCACUUGGUGACGGACACAAUUGUGUGUAAGUAGAAAACAGUGCAAUGAUCAUGGUGACAAAAUGUUUUUAAAUUUAAUUUUGUUUUAUAUUGCUUACACAGAAUACUUUUUUGUAAUUCAUAAAAAACUUGCAAAUGUAUGGCUUCACAAUGAUAUGAAUUGUUCAAAUUGAAUUCAAUCAUAUAAAAUUUGUUUCAAUGUUAUGUUACAUAAGAACUUUUCAUUGUUGUGUGAAUUUAUUGAUGUAAAAGUGUCCCAAAUUGAAUAAAGUCAUGUAGUGUAGUGAAGUAGAUAUUAAAUUUGUCAGUCAUACAUAAAUAAAUUCACAAAAACUUUACAAAAUUCUUAUAAUUACAAACAGUAUGACUUAUUUUGUUCACAAUACACUCAAAUCAGUUUCUAACAUCCUUUCUAUGACAUGUUUUCAUUUUAUUGUAAGAUAACAUUCAGGUUUUUAGUUACAUCAGCCUGUCAGAAUUAAGUAAUCCUAUUAAGAUACAAAUCAUAUAUGUACAUUUAUGUAUUACUUUUCCAAGAAUAACAUUGAUACAAAUACAUUUCAUAUGUUAGAAAA